GACGCUUUCGUCGCGCGAGCUGAAGAAGCCGGCGCGGUUUCUGGCGUAAGUUCGAUAGCUCGGCUCUCUCUGAAGCAGGAACAGGAGCAGCAGCGCUCGCCCGAGGGUCUCCUGAGCGGUGAUGGCGGCCAAUCAACCGCCUCCUCCCAAGCCGUGGGAGACCCGGCGUCUAUCUGCUGAUGUAGGAAUCAGUCAAGUGACCAGACCUGGACAGCCCACACUCACUCGUCUUCCGCCUCCUAUUCUGCCAAGGCCUUCACAACAGACUGGGAGCACUGCUCUGAACACCUUCAGACCUGCAUAUGGCAACUCUUUUUCUUCAGGCUAUGGCACAUAUGGGAAUUCUUUUUAUGGAAGUUACAACCCAUAUAAUUGUGGAUAUGGUGGCUUGGGCUAUAGCCGUUUUCGAAUGGAUGAUAUUCCUACCAGUCGAUUUGUUCAGCAAGCUGAGGAAAGCAGCCGGGGUGCAUUUCAGUCCAUUGAAAGCAUAGUUCAUGCCUUUGCCUCUGUCAGCAUGAUGAUGGAUGCUACUUUUUCAGCUGUCUACAACAGUUUCCGAGCUGUAUUGGAUGUUGCCAAUCACUUUUCCAGACUCAAAAUACAUUUUACCAAGGUGUUUUCAGCCUUUGCAUUGGUCAGAACUAUAAGGUAUUUCUACAGAUAUCUGCAGAGGUUACUGGGUAUGAGAAGAUGCUCAGAGAAUGAUGAUUUGUGGGCAGAAAGCAAAGGAACUGUGGCCUGCAUUGGUUCGGAAGAUAAGGCAGCUAACUCUGCAAAAUCCUGGCCCAUUUUCCUAUUCUUUGCUGUGGUUUUAGGUGGUCCCUACCUUAUAUGGAAACUGCUAUCCAACUACAGUGAUGAUGAAACAGUUUCCAGUGACUGGGCCAGUGGAGAGGAUGAUCAUGUUGUUGGGAGAGCAGAAUAUGACUUCAAUGCUAUUUCAGAAGAAGAAAUUUCUUUCCGUGCAGGUGAAAUGUUAAAAUUGGCACCCAAAGAACGACAACCCAAGAUACGUGGCUGGCUUUUGGCCAGCCGUGAUGGUCAAACAACAGGACUCAUACCAGCUAAUUAUGUCCGAAUACUUGGUAAAAGAAAAGGGAAAAAAACCUUAGAGAUAGAGAAGAUUGCAGAGCAUCAAUCCUCAGUCAGCAAUACCUCUCUGGGUCAAGAAAACACAACUGCUGGUGUUUUGGAAGAGCAAGAGGCUGCUUUUGAGGCUGCUUUUGUGGAAACAAACAAAACCCCUGUCAGAUCAAACUCUCCUCCACUUAGUGAAAAUAAAGAAGAUUUUUGAUGCUUGAAGAUUUAUCAGAAGUAUUGGACUGCAUUGGACUGUACUCACCAAUAAUACUUUAGGGUAGCCAUUCAGUAGUAAACAGCAAAACACAAUUAUUGACAAUAUCCAGGUAAUGUGCUAUUCAUACCUGGUAAUAUCAGUCAUAAAGAAGUUUGUCAUUGACUGUAAUCCCUAUUAGGUUCAUUGAACAUUAGGCAGUUGGAUAAAGUAUGCUAAGGUCCAUUGUAUGAUCGCAAACAUUGCUGACUAUAGAGUAAAAAUACCAACUUCUGAUCUGAAUAAGUUGACACUAAGGCUUCAGAUAGCUUUCUAUCCUGAAGCUGUUUUUAAAGUCUAAAGAAUCUGCUUCAUAUAGCAGCAUUGUGGUGUAUUGAGAAAAACUGUUUUCAGAGGUUUUGACUAUACCUUCUGUCUGUCAUUUUUGUACAUCUUGUGAGAUAAGGAAAAUCUCUGAUUCAGGAAGAUAACUAGCAAUAGGAAAACUUACAGGGUUGAAACUAAUGUCUCCACUAAAUAGAAACAAAUAUAUAUAAUAUGCUUAAAAAACAAGCAAAAAGGCCAUCUAAUUGUAGUUCUAGGAUAUAUACUGAUAGAUCUCUCUCUAUAUGCUUCAUUAUGAAAGCUGGGUUUUUUUAAAAUUGCUCUGUAGCAUUGCAUUUGAAGCCUGAUGUAAUCCUCUUAAUUUGGAUUGGAAGUUACUUGUUAUGUGUUAAAAGCUAUGCUGCCACUUGUUCUUCCCGAUAAAUUAUGUAACAACUUCCCUCUAUCUUUUUACUGAAACAUGUUCUGUCAAUAAUACUUCAGAGGCUCAACCUCAGCAUAAAUUGGCAAUAUCUCUGUGUUUUAAAGUUAAUCAUGUUACAUGCAGUCUGAGCCUAGUGAUUGCUAAAACUGAUAAAUACAUGUUUUCCUGUAGUUGGUUUCUUCACUUGCAAAUGCUAACUAUGUCAUUUCACUUAACAUUCUACUUAGUAAAUCUGUAGUAAUUUCUCUAGUAAGAAUGUUGAUCAUGGCUUAUGUAUCCAAAAUAUGUGAGGUGUUGUUUACAAAGUCAGAUUGAUAUGCUCAUAAAAAUCACAUUAAAUACAAUACUGAGACCAUGCCAUUUGCAAUAGCCAGGAUAAAAAUCUAAGUUUAUUUUGAAGAAGGCUUCAAAAGUAAGUGACAAACUAACUUCUGGGUGAAAUGUAUUAGAUGAAAUAUAUAGACUUUGGAGUUCUGUAGUGCUGAUAACUUAAAAUGUUUUGAACUUACAAUACAACAAAAUUAUACACUCAUUUUUUCUCUCUCUUAGAAUAAAUGGAUUUUCAAAUUGAAAAAUACAAAUUGACAUCCUUAAUUUUAAAUCAAAACUCUUCUACACAUACUUUAUUUGCACUUUUGCUACAAUUUUGCUUUUUUUAAGAAUUCUAAACUGUUUUGUAUCCAGUUAAAUUACAGUACAGAAUAAAGAUCUCAAAUGAGAGUACCAUACGUCGAAAUAUUUUUUUCUCCAUAGCAUUUAUGUUUUGUUAAUUUGCUAAGGGCCUUAAGAGUAUUUUCUUUUAUUCUUUUCAUUUAGUGAGGAAGCAAUGCAGUAAUUUCUAAUUAAAAUACUUGAAUUUCUAAUUUGAUAUGAUUAGAAGCUGAAAGCCAGAAAAAUGAAAAACUAGGAUUAGACUUGAAGGUAGGUCAGGUGGCAGGCCUGAGUAAUCAUUUGCACACAUUUCUUCAUUAUUUACAUGGUUAUAGGUUUGCAUGAAACCCUGCAAUGUAAAUUGGUACCCCAGUUUUCCUCCAAAAAUAUGCUAGGAAAU